CGGGACUUCCGGGGCGGAGUUGCUAGGUUACCCGGUGCGGAAGGGGUCCGACCCGGCCCCCCUCGGAAACAAAGCGGGCGGCGGCGCAGCUGGACCGGGAUGGCGGCGCGGCGGGCCUGGCUCCGCGUCUGGCUGCUCUUGUGUUUUCUGCCGCAGGUGUACUGUGAGUAUGGGAUGGUACAUGUCCUGUCAGAGAAGGGGAGCAGCAAAGGAAAAGACUACUGUAUCCUCUUCAACUCUCAGUGGGCUCAUUUGCCACAUGAUCUGGGUAAAGCUUCACUCUUGCAACUGCAGGAUCAGACAGCAUCUGUUUUGUGCUCUCCUUCUGAUGUACCUGAUGGGGGAUUUAAUAACCAAAUCCCCAUGGUGAUGCGAGGGAAUUGCACCUUCUAUGAGAAAGUGAGGCUUGCUCAGAUAAAUGGAGCUCGUGGGCUGCUGAUCGUUAGUAGAGAGAGACUGGUUCCUCCUGGGGGUAACAGGAGUCAAUAUGAAGAGAUUGAUAUUCCUGUGGCUCUGCUCAGCUAUACUGAUAUGUUAGAUAUUGGCAAGAGUUUCGGCAGCUCGGUGAAAGGAGCAAUGUAUGCACCAAAUGAGCCUGUGCUAGACUAUAACAUGGUGAUUAUAUUUGUCAUGGCUGUGGGGACUGUUGCAAUUGGAGGCUACUGGGCAGGAAGCAGAGAUGUGAAAAAGCGGUACAUGAAGCACAAACGUGAUGAUGGGGCAGAGAAACAUGAUGAUGAAACGGUUGAUGUGACUCCGAUAAUGAUCUGUGUAUUUGUAGUGAUGUGCUGCUCAAUGCUGGUCCUCCUUUAUUUCUUCUAUGACCACUUAGUCUAUGUUAUCAUAGGAAUAUUCUGCCUGGCUGCCUCAAUUGGUCUUUACAGUUGUCUGUCUCCCUUUGUAAGAAGAUUCCCUUUGGGAAAGUGUAGAAUCCCAGACAACAACUUGCCUUAUUUUCACAAGCGUCCACAAGUCCGGAUGUUGCUAUUGGCAAUAUUUUGUAUCUCUGUCAGCAUAGUCUGGGGAAUCUUCAGAAACGAAGAUCAGUGGGCCUGGGUUCUGCAAGAUGCUUUAGGAAUCGCUUUCUGUCUUUACAUGUUGAAAACAAUUCGCCUGCCUACAUUCAAGGGUUGUACCUUGCUCCUCCUGGUUCUUUUUGUGUAUGAUGUAUUCUUUGUAUUUAUCACACCUUUUCUAACAAAGACUGGGGAGAGUAUAAUGGUAGAGGUGGCUGCAGGCCCGUCUGAUUCUGCCACUCAUGAAAAGCUCCCAAUGGUCCUGAAGGUUCCACGACUGAACUCUUCACCGUUGGCUCUGUGUGACAGGCCUUUUUCUCUCCUAGGAUUUGGAGACAUUUUAGUUCCAGGCUUACUAGUAGCCUAUUGCCAUAGAUUUGAUAUUCAGGUGCAGUCAUCCAGAGUCUAUUUUGUAGCCUGCACAAUAGCAUAUGGCAUAGGCCUUCUUGUGACCUUUGUUGCCUUGGCAUUGAUGCAGAUGGGCCAGCCCGCUCUCCUCUACUUGGUGCCCUGUACUCUUCUCACAAGCUUUGCUGUGGCUCUUUGGAGAAAGGAGCUUGCAAUGUUCUGGACGGGCAGCGGCUUUGCGAAAGACCUACCUCAGCCUCCCUUGGUGAUAGCUCCUGUCAGCUGCCCUGAGCUUCCCAAAGAGAGCAAUGUGCCAGCCUCUCAACAAGACACAGAGCAAAUGACCAAUCCUACCCUCCAUGUGAAGGAGCUGCAUGGCCCCACCUCAGCUGCAGAGGAGCUGGCUGAUACUGACACAAAGAUGGACCAGUCAGAGAUUUCGGUCACGCAGAGCGAGGAACCAGCUGGUCAGAAUAAGGAUGACCUUGAAAGCAAAUGCCUCAAUGGAGAGCAAAAACAGCUGGAAUAAAUGAUGUGAUAAGAACUCCUUAUUUCCCCUCACAAACAUAUCCAUAUAAAACCAGUAUGUAUUUAGGACUGGUUUAGUAGUGUUUGCAUUCACUGAGGAACCUCACUGGGAGUCUGAUCAUCAAAUCCAACAAUGAAUGUUCUGCCUCCAGCUUUGGUACAGCUAUACACUUCAAACAUCUUUCUGAAAUAUGGUGCUCUACAAGGGUUCUGAUGUAUGGAUUUCAAUGAUCAUUUUAAUAGUGAAUGCCUUUGACCAUUCCAUUUUCAUUUUACCGGGGUAGUAUUAAGAGUGUUUAUUUACACAGUACUCUGUGCUUGUGUGGCUAUUUUGCUGCUUUAGCAUAGUGUAGGUUAAUGUGGAGGAAAAGCAUUGAACAAGUCUGCUACAAUGCUUAGUUGAGAGAAACAUCAUAGGUUUUUUUAGCACUUUCCCUAUUGUCACCUUUUACUUUACUUUUCCCUACUUGUCAAAGCCAUUGAUACAAGGGAAUGCUUUAGUAUAAACUGACAUUCAGGAAAUGCAGAGAAUGGUUAAAUUACCAGCCUCUGAAAGGAUUUAUACUACCGUGGUGCAUUAAAUGCAUCUCUUAACUUUUUUGUCUUUGUUUUUACUUCCAGGUACCUGGGUUGGCUACUAGUCUAGUUUAAAAGGCAGGAUGAACAGAGCUACAGGAAGCUUUCUAAGCACUCAUAUGAACUCUAGGGGCUGUCUUUGAAGAUAAACAGUGUUUGUCACACAACACUGUCUGGAAGCAAAAGCAUAUUAAGAAUGUUUAAUGUUUUAGAAAUAAAAUACAAGCCAAAUAAGUAAGAAAAUAGGUAGUAGCACUAUGCUAAGCUUAAUAGGCAGUAUUUUCAUUGGGAAAAUGUCAAAGUAAAGCAGUAAAAGUUCAUAUGUUUGUGGUUUUGAGCUUCUACUUGUUAUUCGUUUAAGGAAUAUACUUGUGAUUUCUAAUUCUGAAGAAAGUAAUCUGCUGUUUUCAUUCCCAAGGGAGCACAUAUGGUGCUAUAGUCAGUUGUGGUUUAAAGCUACUUGCUGCUCAGUAACUAAUCAACUGCCUCAGUCAUGUUUUGUCUUUGUCACAAGAGGAGCCAAAGCAUGGCCUGUCAGGUUCUGGAAUGAGGCUGUGAUCUAGUCUAUUAUUUUGCACCCCUUGCUACAUGACAUUGUGAGGACUAAAUGUAUGAAUUUAAAACUCUUUGGGGUGCAGCUGGUCUUACUUAGUAUUCCUGAAAUUGUGUGUUUUCCUGUAUAACACGAUUGAGUCUUUUAUGUAUCAACUUUAGUACACAUAGAGGGAUGAUGUGAUUUGCAUAUUAUUUAUUCCAUCUAAGAACAUUUGGUUUUAUCAAAGUUGUCUGUUUUACACUUAAAUGACAAUCCCAGAAAGCCUCAAACACUUCCCAUUAAAACUGAAAUAGAAAAUGGAAGUAUUCUAGGAUCCUAGAAUAUGGUUCCAAAUUGCACGGAAGAAAUACUCUUAAGAGUAUUUGAGAGCCUGAAAUGUCAUUUACAAAAGUAUCAUCACAGUGACGCGAUCAGAGGCAAUGCUUUUAAAUUAAGAGUCUCCAGUUGGCAUGUUGAGUUGAAUUCUGAAGCUCUCUCUUUUAAUGUCUGUCUGUCUCUUAAAUUUCAGCCACUGUCUUUUUGGCUAGGUCUUCCAAAAGUUUGCCCUGUGCUUUUUCGAUGAUAACUUCUGUUUUAAUCUGUUUCACAUUGGGUGGAUGGUAUUCUUUCUCUAGAAUGUGAAAGGCUUUCUGUAAAACCACACUAUGGCUUCAGAGUUUUACCAGCUUCUGCUUAAAGCCUCAAGCACUGUCUGGUAAGUUGAUUUAAUGGUGAGUUUCUUGAAAGGCUUCCUGAGUCCAAAGGCCUGCACUACCUUUAAUUUACAAAUCACCCUAAUGGAAGAUAGUAGUACUAAAGAGAACUGUUUUUUAACCUCCUCUUUAAUGGACUAUGUUACUUUUGCCAGCAGUAAUCAGAACCAAUUACUACUAAUAAAAAGCAACAGAGACAUUUUAUUGAAAACUUCAGCCAGCUGGAUUAUGCCUUAAUUUAAGCCAUUGUAUAAGUACGUAUAUUAAAUUAAGAAAACAAUCUUGUGUUUAAAUAAUGAACUUGACAAAUAGCAAGAAAACAAGUUUGGAGACUGACUCAAAGUUCUAUGUUUUUUUGCCUUGAUUGUCUUUCAGUCAUAAUGUUAUUUAGAAUAGCUUUGUAUAUACUUAAAAGCCAGUAGCUUUCUGAUGAUGAAGCAUUAAGUUUUAUCAUCUACUUGAAAGUGUAUUUUAACAUUUGUUCUCAUGUUGUGGGUUAGGAAACAGUUUAUUUCUCAAAUUGUUUAUAACUCAAUUAAAAUGGAAGAAUUCAUAACACUUAACUUGUAGGCAUUUAACAGUUGCUUUGCUCACAUUGUAUUCUAGAUAGGUCUGCUUGGAGCACGUGCUUCACCUUAUGUUUCUGGAGGCUUUCCCUCUAUUUUUAAGUGUGGUGUGGUUUGGUUUUGUGUGGUUUUUUUCUCCAAACUACAAAGAUCAAUGCAGGAAAAAAAAAACGAAUAGCUACUCAAUGCAAUAUCUUCAGUUAAAGUAUGUAAACUGGCAAUGAGUUACAUACUUUGACUAUUCCAGUACUGUACAAAUCAGGUGACCCUGGUGCACCAGUUUGGCUGUGACUGUUCGGACCCUGAUCUUGGGCAGUUCAAUCACUUCCAUCAAAAACCAAGGCUCUGGCUUUUUGUCUUUCAAAAACCUCCCUGACCAGCUUAAUGUAAAACUUAAUGUUGUAUAGGAAAAUGUGAAGAUAUGUUCAGUGUAGCUGACUCUGAUUUUAUUUGAUGAUUGCAGAUAUACAUCCCACACCAAACUUGAGUUAAAAUGCUCAAAGUAAUGAAAGUAAUGUUAAAAGUAAUGUUGAUGUGCUUCUUGUUUACAUGUUUCACAUACUAAGCCAUUAGCUAGCUAUCUAAAAAACCAAUAAUAAGGAUUCUAUUUCUGAAAAUUUGUAUAUGUUCAGCGGAAGCAGUUGUUUUAGUAAAAAAAAAAACAAAACACCAAACAAAACCAAAAAUCAAAACAACAAUAACCAACCCCACUAAAAAAAAAAUGGAAAAAAAAAAAAAAAAACAACCCACAACCCAAAAAACUCUUUGGAUCACAGUAGUGAGGAUCAGAUUCUUUUCGGGGUCUGAAAUUACUAAAUAUCAGUGUGUUGGACCAAGUGUUUGGUUUUGAAUGCGUCCUCCUGAAGGGCUGCACAAAUGCAGCUGAAGGUAGAAUGCAACCUGAAAGACUUUAAGUGUGAUGAGUAAGGGAGAAGUAUCUCAAACCCUCUUAAUUUUGGGGAUGUUUUUUUUCUUGUCACAAAUGAAGAGCAUUUUAAAUGAAAUAUAUAAAAAAGAAACAGAAAAAAAAUAUUCAAAAACAUAUUCUGUUUUUACCAGUGGCAGUAAAAAAGAGCACAUCCACAUAUGUAAGAAUUAUACUUGUGAAAAUAUUUAAUGUUUUCUCUAAACUUGGACAAAUGCCAGAAGACACAAAAUCUGCAGCACAGCAUAUUUUCCAAUAGGUUUAUUAACAUGUCUAAUAGAAAGCUUCAUUUAGAAAACUGUUGAUUUCUUUUUUCCUCCUUCUUUUAUAUUGACCAUACCAAAUUUCUUGAACUCUUUAUGGGAUGUCUUGAUCUCAGAUAAUCAGUCAAGCUUUUCCUUCAGAAGCUGUUCUUUUCUUACAGUAGCUCUCAGUAUGCCUUUUGUUAAGAAUGCCUUGUGAGUCUUGAUGUUCUCCUGUAGGUUCUUGCUUUGAAAGCUCUUUCAAAAUGCAAUACUCUGGUCCAUAUAUAUGCUCAGUAUCUCCAGGAUAUCUCACCCUACAGUUCGUAGAACUUUUCCUGGCUAGGCAAUUAAAAAAAAAAAAAAAAAAAAAAAAGUGUUCAGUAACAGUGUUGCCUUGAAGUAAAUUCUUACAUGCUGCUAUUUUUGUGCAAGAUCCUGCAGUUUUGUUCUUGUCUUCUCUUUAGCCCCAUGGUUGGGUAGUGCAUAUAUUUCUGGUCUCUUGCACUACGCUGGCUGUUUAGGAUGUAAAGCCCUGUAAUAUUUCUUUUUAAUGGCAACUUUGUGGAGUAUCAAUUAACAAAACAGUAUUUUGUAUAUGCUUUCAUCGUUUGACAUGUUAUUUGUAGUACAUUCAUAGGUAAAUAAGCUGGCUAAGCAGUAAUGUGCAACUAGUGCAUAUUGACACUUGACACGCAUCACAUUGACACAAGUAAGUGCUUGAAAUAUAGACAUACCAGCAGAUCCAAAUAUUUGUCCAAAGCCUGCAGAGAUGGUGCCUGUUUCCAUGACAAAUAUAAUCUCUGACUUUUUAAAAUAAAAUCUGUAAGGGCUGCAUCUUCAGGAAAAUUAGGACAUUAUUAUUAGAGAGUCCAGAAGAGAACAGGAACUAUGAUCAGAGGUCCAGAAAACAUCAGCAACAAGGCAAGAUUAAUCUUCAGGUAUUUUAUCUAGAGUGUGGCUUCCCAGCUGGCUGGCAGGACGUGAAGCACAGAGUUGCACUACCAAGCUCUUUGCCUUUUCAGUUUAGGCUCUAGGCCAAUGGUGCUAGGUAGGAUGGAGAGGGAAAGGAUAAGAAAAAAAGUGAAGGUGGCUCAGAAAGCAUGAGGAGACACUGAAAAAGAAUGCCAGUGGAAGAAUUUACUCCAGAGAUGUCCAAAACAACUACUACAAAGAGAAGACCUAAGGGCAUAUAUGACAAAUAUCGAAAAAUCUGAAAUGCUACUGCAAAGUGGAAAAACAAACAAAUUUUUUUUUUCUUUUUCAAGUAGGGGUGGCAUUAGAAUUAAUAGACUUAAAUUAUAGUAAGGGAAUUUUGGGGCUGGUGGUAGAAAAAUCUCUAAGAAUGGCUAACAACUUAAGUGGUUACCCAUGGGAAGCAUAUGUAAACCUCUCUGGGGUAGGGCUAUUUCCAAUGCAUACUAUUGCUGAGCUCAUCUUGUUCUCUUGUUCUGAGAGUAAAGAAUUUAACCACAUAGACAAGAGCCAUGUCAUUCCACUUGCGUUAGGGGCCGCUGAACAAGCCCUGGCCCGCUUUAGUCCUCAUGUAGUCUGAGGGUCAGGCUUUUUAUAAUUUAAUGCCAUCAUAGCAUGAACUUUAUCACGUAGCAGUCAUUUUAUGAGUGCUGUAAUGGAGUUUUGCAAGCAUUGUGACUGACAAUUCAGAUCUUGUAUUACAAAGACUUUUGGUUUUGUUUUGCUAAUUUAAAGAUGAUAAAUCCUCUGGAAAGAAACAACAUCAAAGCACACGUUAAAUGGAUGCAGUGCGCUUUCUACUGCUCUUUCUAUUUUUUUUAAAUGUACAUUUGAUUUGGUGAAUUGCAUUGACUGUUUCUGGCACCCUGGAACGUUUUUGGAACAGGACAGCCUUGUGUGCUACCAGAAGCUUCCUUUGGCACUGGCACAAGAGUAUUGUCUCUUCACUGAUCCUCUGUAUCUUCUGCAUUUAUCAAUUAUGUGCUCUUCUGUGAGUGGUUCACCUUUACCUUUUCCUCUUCCAGUUUUGCAGGUAAAUAUUCAAAUUAUGUGGAGUAAAGAUGAGGUUUUGCCAUUUGUAGGUUAGUGAUAGAUGAUAAAUAAUGUGCUUAAAUUGGAUUUUCUUCAAUUGGGAACUAGUAUAUUGUGCACAGAGUCAUCUGUAAAUUCAGGAACUAGUAGAGGACUUAACUUCGUGUGAUGCAGUGGCUCAGUUUCGGUUCUGUUUUCCCAGCAGCUGUUGGGAAUAUUGCAACUGUUGGUCCUGUUGUCGAUCUGUUGGUAGCCAAGGGUUACAAGUGCACAUGCUCCUGGCGUAAUUUGGAGCCACCUUCCUUUGCUGAAAGCGGCAUUACAGUUUAUCAAGUUUCUCACAAUAUUUUCCUGCAUGUUAGCAUGCAAGUUUAGAUCCAGAUGGCAAAUUUCAUCCAGGUGUUUAUCUCUGAGAAAUCUUUGAGAUGAUCUGUAGACUAGAAAUUUUAGGUUGAGGACUGCUUACUGCUGAUGCACAUGCACUGUAUGUUGUGAACUUUCUUUGGGUGUAUAAUGUAAAUGUUGGUUAGCUGAAAAUAUGCAGAGACAUGGUCUCGAAGUAAACAAGUUCAUCCUAGCUCGUAAAAAAAAUUAGUGACUUGAGCUGGUAGGGUGCCUUGCAGUAGCAGAUAAACAACACCUGAUAGUCAUGAACUACUGAAAGAUUUCCAGUACUGAGACUGUGAUGCUCUUUAUGAACAGCAAUACCUUAUUCAGUCUGUGCAGUUAGUUCAGUGGUCCUUCCAGGGGACCAGCCCUUCAGUUUUGGAUUGUACACAAGAGUCAUAGCUGAUACUGUUUCCUAUCCAAUAACUUUUUCCUUAAGCUGGAAGUUUGUUAAGGCUAGAUAUAGCUCUUUUCAUCUUAAAGGUAUAGCUGUAGUCAGGAAAAUGCCAUAAACCUGCCACUUCUCCAUUGCGGAUCCAAGCUUUAAAUGGCUGGGAUGGUAGGAAGAUGAUGAUGUUUUGGGAGGAGCAUGAUCCUUGGCAUGAAUUUUCCACAGCAAUAAACCAGUACAUUUCUUUUUUUUUAUUAUUCUGCUCUGACUGUUCCGUUUCACAUUGAACAAAAACUUCAGAACAGUGGUUCAGGUUUAGCUUGCCAAAAAAACCCGCAGUGGUGCAGUUCAAUAUGGUUUGGGUCAGAAUCUGGUUUUUUCAUAGCUGGCAGUAGAGACUUAAAAAAAUUGAGUGUGUCACAGAUGUUACCACAGACUCUAACAUGGCAGCAAGCCUGUGUUAGGAAGGUAGCCUUAUUUCUCUCUAAUUUUCAGUUAAUGGCAAUGGUCUGCAUGUGCUGGUGUGAACAUCUAUUGCCUGUUUGUCUUCAACUCAUGCUUUGUCACUUGUCCUCUUCGACAACCUUUUGAUUCUCAAACUUUCAUAGAGCCAGCACAGGCUGUGGGAGAGCAAAAAGAAAUCUCUGUUUCAUAGUGCACUCUAGCGCUGUCUGAAAAGUGUGCAACUGGGAACUGGUCACCAUAGCCCAGCCUGAUGCCUGGAUUGUGUGUUGCAUUCAUCACAGGGUGGGUGUCACUUUUUAACACUAAAAAGUAAUCUUUUCUGAUCCUAGAAGUCACUGACAGUAAAUAUGAGCUCCAGUACUUUCAGUCUGGCAACAUAUGAAAGCAAAACCUAACUGUUUAAAGAAAAAUAGGAUUUACAGCCCUGACCAUGGAUGGUCUGCUCAUUAUUUUUAACCAUGUUCCUUCAGUUUCUCCAUCCAGUGCUGGAGGAACUGGGGCUCUAAUAACAUCCUAGCAAUGUGCAAUUCCCGUUUGAAUGAUGCUAGUGUUACUUUAUUAAGAUACCUAUUUGCUUAAUGCUAGUUUCUUGGAUGCUUGAUAGUAGCUGCUUUUAGUGAGGAAGUUUAUUCUUGGGAGGUAACAUUAUAAGUAGAACAGUUUUAAAUAUCUGAUGUCUGUGGAAGGACUUUGUAAUGUUCAAAUAAUAGUAUAUAGGCUAGUGUUAUGGAGAGUGCAAACUCUAAAGGUUGUUAAUUUUAGCGCUUGCAAAUGCAUACGUUUAACUCUGCAUAUGUACACGUGAGGAAUAAAAUUUAAGCUCAUUUCAUAUGGUGCUGAAGGAAGGAUUUUCUUGUGAUCCAAAGCCUAUGAUAUAUUUUUGCUAUUAAGAUCUUCUAUGCAGUUUGGCCCCUUAAUUUAAAAAAAAAAACAAAACAAAAAAAAAACCAACAACAACAACAACAAAAAAAAACCAAACCCAAACCAAAACCAACCCAAACAUCAACACACAACCAAACCACCAAAAGACAACAACUCAAAAAAACCAGCUAAGAAAGUUGGCCGAUGUAGGAAGACUUGUGUGAAAACUCAAUUCAAGUAUUUUUCCUGCACAGGGGCUACUAUUGCCAAACAAACUGAAGCUGUGGAAAUGAAGUGCAGCUGGGAUGUAAAGAAUGAGGGAUUUAGUUCUCUGUAAGGACCUAGUUAGUCAUCAACAGCUGUGUCAGGGAUGCUGAUAAAAUGAAUAUCCUCUCCUGAUUUUUAUCUUGCAUUUCAUUUACCUUGUCAGUUAGUCAGUUAAUCAUAUACACUAUUAGUUUUCAUAGUUCUAGUUCACUGGAUUGCUGAAUUGUAGAAACCCUUGUGUGAAGAGGGUAACUCUCCUUUCACACAGACUGUAGAAAGUGUAGUAUUUGCUAGGUGAUGACUUGCAAAAUUGGCGCAUGGUAUCUACAAGGAUAGAUAAAUCAGUGAUUUUGUGACUUUUAUCUAUGAUAUAAGUAUCUUAUAUCUAUGGUACAAGCAAGAUUUUUUUGUUGUUAUUUUUUGCAAGUAAUAACAACUGAAUAUAUCACCUUACUUGCAUCUUCCUGUGCUCACAAUAGGAUAGAGCCAUUGCGAAGACCAAGAGAAAAAGCAAUGUCACUUCCAAGUAGUAAAAGACCUUUUUGGUAAACAUUUCUGUUUUUCCAAAACUGUAGGUCUUAUUGUAAUACGUGCAUCAGAUUUUCAAUUCAGUCUGGGUGGGUUCUUUCCACCCUAUGUCUAUAUAGCUCUUCAUGGUUUUGAUAUCAGCCCUCCCCUGACUGAAUUACAGUCUUGUAUCCAAUUGCACAGCAUAUCAUAAUAUAUAUAUUUUUAUAUUUGUAAAUACAUUGUAAUACAUAGCAUUUCCAGUGACCAAAUGUAGAUUUGCUUCUUCCUUCUGUGAUGUAACAUGGGAAAAAUCGUACUUCAAAAUUAACUGUGGGGGGAACAGAAUCUUAGGACAAGAGAUGAGAAAUAUCCGAAGGGUUUCUGCAGAGUGAAUUUUCCAUGGAGUAAUUAAGCCUAUUUAAGGCAUACAUAGAUACGUUGAAACAAAACAAAAUUGAAAAUGACCGGUCAACUGAAAUUGCAGUGGGUUUUUUUUUCUUCUGUUUUGCUUUCAAAAAACACUGGAAUUUACUUUCUUUUAACCUGUUUUAGUCCAAAGCUGUAAAAGUUUUCUAAAACUGUAAAAUAAAGAUACUUAAUUUUUGAACAGAA